UGAUUGGUUCUGCAUCCCGGCGGUUGGAUCGGCCCAGUCUGUCUGACCAUGCACCUGCAGAGCGAGGAUCGGCCCGCAGCGAACACUGUUUGGUUUACAGGAUAAUUGCGGAGGUUACCGGUCCAACCCCGCGGCACUGCCUCUGAGCAGGUCGGUAAGAGAGGAAGGAGGAGCCCAAACGCACCGAGCACAGAACCACUGCUUGUUUCCUUCAGAACAACCGACAGCCAGGAGCCUGGAGCCGCUUCAUUGUCUCAGAGCAUGUCGUCCGUGACCAGGCUGUUGUUGCUGCCUGCAGCCCUGUGCAGCAUCACCAGCCCCCCCAGCGCUGCAUCCUCAGCAUCCCGAAAGUGCGAGGACAGCUUGGCCACUCCUCUCCCCUACAGUUCCUUCAGCAGCUCGUCGGCGUUCGCCCGAGGACACGGAGCCGGCUACGCCAAACUCAACAGACAACAAGGUGCUGGAGGCUGGUCCCCCUUGGAUACAGACCGUUACCCGUGGUUACAGGUGAACCUGGGUUCUAGGAAGCAGGUGGUUGCCAUAGUGACACAGGGUCGCUAUGGCAGCUCUGACUGGACUAGCAAGUAUCGGCUGCUUUACAGUGACACACAGAAAAACUGGAGGCCUUAUUUACAGGAUGGAAACAUCUGGACAUUUGAGGGGAAUGUGAACAGUGCCGGUGUCGUUCGCCACGAGCUGCAGCACGCCAUCUUAGCCCACUACAUCCGCUUCAUCCCAGUGAACUGGAACAGGGAGGGACGCAUUGGCGUACGCCUGGAGCUGUAUGGCUGCUCAUAUUGGGCUGAUGUGAUAAGUUUUGACGGCAAUGGCGUCAUCUCCUACCGAUUCAGGAGUAAGAAGAUCAAAAUUGUGAAGGACGUCAUCUCUCUGAAGUUUCGAACCACCGCUGGAGCCGGAGUGGUGCUUCACGGAGAGGGACAGCAGGGAGACUACAUUUCCUUAGAGCUGCGCAGGGCGAGACUGCAGCUCAGCAUCAACUUAGGCAGUAACCAGUACGGUUCCAUUCAGGGUCACACCUCUGUGACGAGUGGGAGCCUACUGGAUGAUGACCACUGGCACUCAGUGGUCAUAGAGCGGUACCGAAGGAAUGUCAACUUCACUCUGGACCAUCACACUCAGCACUUCAGGACCAAUGGAGAGUUUGACCACCUGGACCUGGACUAUGAGAUAAGUUUUGGAGGCCUUCCUGUAUCCGCAAAGCCCAGCUCAGGAGGAAGAGAGAACUUUGUGGGCUGCAUGGAGGGAAUCACCUACAACGGAGACAACAUCACCAACUUGGUCCGCAGGAAGAAGGUGGACACCUCAAGCUUUCGUAACCUGACAUUUUCAUGUGCCGAGUCCAACUCCUUCUCGGUCUUCUUCAACUCGACGUCCUUCCUGCGGCUGCUCGGGCAGAGUGACAGCGACACUCUGUCAGUCAGUCUGUCUUUCAGGACGUGGAACCCCAACGGGCUGCUGAUGUUCACGGCCCUGGCGGACGGUUGGGUGGAGGUGGGACUGACGGAGGGCAAGGUCACAGUCUACAUGAAUGUGACCCAAAAGAAGAACACGCGUAUUGACAUUUCAUCAGGUUCGGGUUUGAAUGAUGGCCAGUGGCACAGUGUCCAUCUGAAUGCGUUGGAGAACUACGCCAUGCUGACAGUGGAUGGUGACGAGGCCUCCACAGUGAGGACAGCCAUCCCCAUCCAGAUUCAGACCGGAGGAACCUACUACUUUGGAGGUAACUUCCUGCACACCAACACCCGGUCCCUGCAGCGCUCAUUCCAGGGAUGCAUGCAGAUGAUCCACAUUGACGACCAUCUGGCUGACCUCAGGGCUUUGGAGCAGGACCUCGCUGGAUCCUUUGAAAACAUCAGCCUGGAUAUGUGUGCCAUUAUCGAUAGGUGUGUUCCUAAUCACUGUGAGCACGGGGGGAGCUGUUCUCAGACGUGGAAUACAUUCAGCUGCAACUGUACCGGCACUGGAUACACAGGAGCAACCUGCCAUAGAUCAAUGUAUCAGCAGUCCUGUGAGGAGUAUAAGCACCAGGGGAGGAGUUCAGGGAACUACUGGAUCGACCCAGACGGCAGUGGAUUCAUCAGCCCCUUCAAGGUCUAUUGUGACAUGACAGAGGAGAGAGUUUGGACCAUGCUAAAGAACGACCUAUCUCCUCAGACAUCAGUCACCAGUACAAACCAGGAAGGGAAGGCCACUCUGCACAUCACUUACAAUGUGACAGAUGAGCAGGUGCUGUCAGUCACCAGCAGUGCAGAGUACUGUGACCAGUCUGUGGCCUAUGCCUGUCGAAUGUCUCGUCUGCUCAACACUCCUGAUGGCGUCCCGUUUACCUGGUGGGUAGGAAGGUCUAAUGAGAGGCAUUCUUACUGGGGGGGCUCUGGACCGGGCAUACAGAAGUGUUCCUGUGGUAUCGAGCACAACUGUACCAACCCCAAACACUACUGCAACUGUGACGCUGACCUGCGCAGCUGGAAGGAGGACGCUGGCCUCCUGGUGUAUAAAGACCACCUGCCAGUCAGCCAGGUCGUGGUGGGGGAUACGAGCCGAGCUGGAUCCGAAGCCAAGCUGACCAUCGGGCCGCUCAGAUGCCAGGGGGACCGGUCCUUCUGGAAUGCAGCGUCCUUCACUAGCCCCGCCUCCUACCUGCAUUUCCCUUCGUUCAGAGGAGAAACCAGCACUGACAUCUCCUUCUACUUUAAGACUUCAUCCACUCACGGCGUCUUUCUGGAGAACUUGGGAACCACGGACUUCCUUCACAUUGAGCUCAGAGGAGGCUCCGGGGUGUUCUUCUCUUUCGACGUGGGCAGUGAGCGGGUGGAGCUUAGUGUCCACUCGCCGGUGCCACUAAAUGACGACCAAUGGCAUCGCGUGGAGGCUGAAAAGAACAUCAAGGAAGCGGUGCUGCAGCUUGAUGGGAAGUACAAGGAGGUCCGAACCACGCCCCCCCAGGGACACACUAGACUAGAGUUCUACAGCGAGCUUUAUGUUGGGGCUUCGAAUCGUCAGAGGGGUUUUCUGGGCUGCAUGCGGGCUCUGAGGAUAAAUGGUGUGACCUUUGACCUGGAGGAGAGGGCCCAGGUAACCCCAGGGGUGAAUCCAGGCUGCCAGGGCCACUGCAGCAGUUACGGGAUGCACUGCAGGAACGGGGGGAAGUGUGUGGAGAAGUACAACGGGUACACCUGUGACUGCUCCCUCACCGCGUACGACGGACCCUUCUGCACUGACGAUGUAGGGGGCUACUUUGAGACUGGAACCCUGGUGCGUUACGACUUCCUGCCAGAAGGGGGGACGUUUCAGGAGAUGAAGAGCGUGUCCAGUGCAGGUGUUCCCACUGAGGCCAACCUGACUCAAGAGGAGCUGGUGUUCAGCUUCAGCACCUCCAGUGCUCCCAGCAUCCUGGUCUACAUCAGCUCCAGAACUCAGGACUACCUGGCUGUGGUGCUCCGACACAACGGCACCCUGCAGGUCCGGUACAGCCUUGGCGGGCUAACCGAGCCGUACACCAUAGACGUGGACCACCGUAACCUGGCCAACGGGCAGCCACACUCGGUCAACAUCAGCAGGAACCUCAGGGAGAUACGGCUGCAGCUGGACCACUACUCGGUGUCCACGCACAGCCUGCCCGCGGCCUCGGACACCCACUUCAACCUGGUCAAAAGCAUCUUUCUUGGAAAAGUCUUUGAAACCGGGCAGAUCGACCCGAUCUUAAUCGAGCGCUACAACACGCCGGGCUUCGUGGGCUGUUUGUCGAGGGUUCAGUGGAACAGCAUGGCGCCGCUGAAAGCCGCGCUGCGCUCAAGCCUGGCUGCACCGGUCAGCACCCACGGGAUCCUGGUCCCGUCCAACUGUGGAGCCUCCCCCAUGACCAUCUCCCCCAUGGCCUCAGCUAGUGACCCCUGGCACGUAGAAGCAGCUGGAGCGGUUUUCCCCCUCAGUGACAGCAAAGCCCGUGGUGACGGAGUGGAUCGCAACUCGGCCAUAGUUGGAGGUAUCAUUUCCAUGGUGAUCUUCACGGCCCUCUGCAUUAUGGUGUUUGUGGUCCGUCACAUGUUCCGUCACAAAGGCUCCUACCACACCAACGAGGCCAAGGGAGCCGAGUCAGCAGACUGCGCCGACGCGGCGAUUAUCGUCAAUGACCCGGCCUUCACCGAGACCAUCGACGAGAGCAAGAAGGAGUGGUUCAUCUGAACAUGGCCUCUCCACAACAUGGACACAUGACGUUAGGAUGUAUGUAGUUUUCUAAGCAUAGGGAGUAUUAGUGAGGCAUCCCAGCGUUGGUAUUAAAGCACAGGGCAGUGCUGGGAAGCACAGGGGAAUGCUCAUUUGCAUUUAUUUAAGUAUUUCUUUAUCUUUAAAUUUAAUUUGUUGUUACAUUUUUAUUUAUUUAUAUUUAUGUAUUCAUAAAAGUUCUUACUUUUUAUCUUUAUUUUUAUAUUAAUAUUUGACUGCCUUUUUGCAAUGUGCUAUGUUAUGGCAACAGGAUUGAGGAAUCCCAAUAAUCCCCCUGGUCUGUAGCAAUGCUCCUGAGUUAUGCUUUUAAUAUUAAAUCCCAUGUUUGAUUAUUUGUCUUGUUUUAAAGUA